GCCGGAUCAGCAGCGGGGUAGUGCGAAACUUUCUCAGUUUCUGCUACGACUGGUUUGCCAUCACGACCGAGCACGAGCAAUUCCAAGCCGGAGGUGCGCCAGUAGAACACACUACACGGAACGGUCGUGAACAACGUGCGUGGACUCGAAUCUCAAACGUCGUCCGUGUCUCGUCCGACUGGUUUUUUCUUAUGAAGAGACAACAAGAAAGAGAAAAAAUAAUCAUAUUUUUGAAAAAUUAACUUCGCACAUCAUAAUGGAGCAAAUCAAAGUGGACGAUGUAGAACCGGACAGAGUGGCCGAAACCUUCGCCGGUCGUCGAAUACUGAUCACAGGAGGAACGGGAUUUUUAGGAAAAACUCUUAUUGAGAAGAUUCUGCGAUGCUUACCGGAGACAGCGCAAAUUUACAUGCUCAUCAGAACAAAAAAGAACAAGACUCCUAAACAUCGAGUGGAGGAAAUAUUCAAUUCUGCGAUUUUUGAUAAAGUUAAAAGUCAACGGGGAUUACCAGCGAUUAUGAAAACGGUAACGAUUGUGAGCGGAGACGUGACGUUGCCGGGACUCGGUUUAUCGCCGGAAGAUCGAAAGAUGCUCUGCGAGAAUGUCGAAAUUGUGUUUCACGCAGCAGCCACCGUCCGAUUUGACGAACUGUUGAAAAAAGCUGUGCUAUUAAACACACGCGGUACAAAACUGAUGAUAGAACUGGCCAAAGAAAUGAAGCAUCUACUUUUGUUUGUCUAUAUCAGCACUGCCUACUGUCAUCUCGAGGAAAAAGUGUUGAAAGAGAAGACGUAUCCUCCGCCCGCGGAUCCUCACGAGAUAAUCAAGUACGUCGAAUGGAUGGACGACAACGUGGUCGAAUCCAUGACAGACAAGAUUUUGGGCGACAUACCAAACACGUAUGCUUUCACAAAGGCUUUAUCAGAAAGUCUCGUCGAAGAAGCUAUGCCAUAUAUACCAGCGAUAAUUUUAAGACCGAGUGUAGUUAUUCCUGUUUGGAAAGAACCGCUUCCAGGUUGGACAGACAAUAUAAAUGGACCAGUUGGACUCUUAAUCGGAGCUGGAAAAGGAGUGAUUAGAACGAUGUAUUGCAACGAAAACGGUUACGCCGAUUACGUUCCCGUCGACAUCGCUGUCAAUGGCAUUCUCAUUACUGCGUGGAAUUACAUUUACUUCAAGGAUCACGAAAAACGAGUUUAUCAUCUGACAAGUAGUAGCGAGUUCAAGGUUUCCUGGGCAGAAAUAAUAGAACGCGGCCGAAGAAUAACAAAACGAGUACCUCUGAACGGAGUAGUGUGGUAUCCUGGUGGUAGUAUGAAGAAAUCGCGAAUUGCGCACAACAUUUGCUUCCUGCUGUUUCACAUGAUACCGGCAUACUUGAUCGACAUGCUUCUUUUCCUCGCAGGUUACAAACCGAUAAAUAAAAUGAACAAAACGGAAUACAAAAAGUAUCAAGUGCACGGCGAGGAUUUGGACAUAGAUGCGUAUUUCGAAGAUUGCAUCCGAGCCGCCAGAAUAUACAUUCUAAACGAACUACCGGAAACACUACCGGCCGCUCGCAGGCACUUGAGAAUUAUGUAUUGGGUGGAUGUAUUCGCAAAGAUCUUCUUCUUUCUGUUUGUUAUAUACGUGUUUGCGUCUUGGAGCGAAAGUUUUAAAGCAUUGCUCGUAUUCUGUGCGUCAACUUUUAUACAGACAGUGGGCAAGUCAAUUUCAUUUAAUUGCGAUUAAAGUCGCUCGCACGGGACCUGAAUCAAUCGCAUUACCGAAACAAUCGUUAAACAUAUUAUUGAUUUUUUCUAAAGAAAAAGACAAAUUUGUAAAAACAAAUACGUAAUAAUAUAUUUUAUAACGGUGCAGUGCAAUUGUAUGCACUAAAUAUGUGUAAACUAUGAAAAUAAAGGCAUUAAUACUUAAUUAAAUGUUGACUUUAAUUUAACAAAAUACGUCUCACACGGAUUCUCUCUCGACUGAGUCAUGACUUUCCGAUCUAUCAACUUUAGAUCUAAUGUCACCGACUUUUUCAGCGUCUUGCUGAUUGCCUCCAUUUUCGCACCUCCGUUCUAGCAUUAUAUCUAGUUGUAUUUUGACGUAUGAUUUGUAUUUUGGCGUAUGCAGCAACGUAAUAACGAUAGACGUUGCUGCAUACGCCAAAAAUUUGAAUUCUUUGAAUUUUACGCAACCAAUCAGCGGAAAUUCGAGAGUACAUACGUGUACGACACAAGAAAAAAAUGAACAGCAUAGAGUAGAAAAAAAAUUCCAAGAAAAGAAAUACCAAGUGCACGGGCGAAGAUAUGGACGCAGAUGCGUAUCUCAAAAAUGAGAUACGCAGCUGUCGAACCGUCCGAUUAUACGUUCUAAACGAACUACUGGAAACACUACCGACUACUCGUAUGCAUAUGAGAACGAAAGUUUCUAAAAUUCCAUUAUAAACAUGGUUUUUUUCAUGAAUCAGUCUGAUGUUUCGUGUUUUUCUCGAAGUAUGUAUUGGGUGGAUGUAUUCAGAAAGACCUUCUUUCUGUUUGUUUUAUACGUGAUUACGUCCUGGAGCGAAAGUUUUAAAACAUUGCUCAUAUUCUGUGCGUCAAUUUUAUGACAGUGACCACAUUUAUUUAUUAGGAUAGCGAGUAUAGUCGCUUGUACCGUUCGCAUUGAGCGAUUCUAUAAGUUUUAAACCGAUAAGAUUGGUUUCUCU